AUGAAUGAUUCUAAUUUCAACCAAAUGGAUGCAUUCACUUUAUUUUGUUAUAAAAACAGAGAGAUGGUAAUGACACAGAAUCCAAAUCUACCAGUAUUAGAGGUAAAUAACAAAUUAAAUGAAAUGUGGAUGAAUUUGAGCGAUUCUGAAAGGAUGCAAUACACUGAAGCUGCUGCAAGCAAUAACCAACAGAAGAAAGAUCAACAACAGCAAUAUACUUAUGGUCAUACGAACUCUCAAAUGAAUGGAAUUGAUUUGAAUUUAAUGCAUACUCCAGAAUGGCCAACAGACCCUCACAAAUACUUAGUAUGGCUUGGAGCUCAAGUUCUUCAGCAACUUCCUCAGUUUGUUCAAGAUAAUCCUGACAGUGAUAUUGCAAACCUCGUUUCAAAGAUCAGAUUUAACCCAUCAAAGCCAGACAACAUGUAA